AUGAGAAGCCGAACUCUCAAAUUGCUUUGUAAGAUUUCCUUCUUUAGCAACAGGAUAGCUACCAAAGACAACAAUCUCUGUAUUUUUCUCUUCUUACUAAUCGUUUUGUCCUUUUCUCGUUCUGCAAAUUCAAAGUCUCUGCUGCAUUUGAGAAGGGGUGAUUCUAUAUCUGUCGAAGGUGAUGAUUUCAUCACCUCACCAGAUAAUACAUUUACCUGUGGCUUUUAUGGGAUGGGAAGCAACGCUUAUUGGUUUGCAAUUUGGUUCACCCAUGCCAAAGACAAAACUGUUGUUUGGACAGCCAACCGGGACGCGCCAGUCAACAACCAGAGCUCGAGAGUAUCUAUGAGGGGAGAUGGAACCAUGGUCUUGACAGAUGUUGAUGGCAGAAUUAAAUGGCAGACAAAUACAACCAAUACUGCUGUUGUUGUAGCUGAGCUUCUAAAUACAGGCAACCUCGUUUUGAAGAAUCGACAAGGCGAUAUUCUCUGGCAAAGUUUUGAUGUUCCUACUGAUACUCUUUUACCUUCUCAAUUGUUGACGAAGGAUAAAAGAUUGAUAUCAUCCUUAAGAAAAGGAAGCUUGGGAUCAGGUUACUUCAAUUUAUAUUUUGGUGGUGACAAUGUUUUAUCAUUGAUAUCUGAUAGCCCUCAAAUAUCUAGCAUCUACUGGCCAAAUCCUUAUUCUGACAUCUAUACGAGUGGAAGAACCAACUAUAAUGGUAGCAGAUUUGCAGUUUUAGAUGAUAUGGGCGUUCUUUUUUCAAGUGAUCAUUAUCAAGCCAAUGCUUCUGAUAUAGGAUUUGGGAUAAAAAGAAGGUUAACAAUAGACCCUGAUGGGAAUCUUAGAAUCUAUAGUUUGAUUAAUUCAUCAGGGCAAUGGAUGGUUACAUGGCAAGCAAUUUCACAACCUUGUCAAGUACAUGGCGCAUGUGGAAGUAACGGGCUAUGUGUUUAUACACCGAAACCCAAGUGUAUAUGUACUCCUGGGUAUGCAGCAAAUGAUCCAAACGACUGGAAUGCUGGUUGUGAGCCUAUAUUCAACCAAUCCCUCUUGAAUCCAGAAGUUGAAUUCCUGGCGCUUUCUCAGUUUGAUUACUUUGGGUCGGAUCUGUAUUACAAGCCAAAUUUUACGUUGGAAGCUUGCCGGGAACUUUGUAGAAAUGAUUCCGGUUGCAAGGGAUUUACCUACAGGACCUGGGGAAAUGGACAUUGCUAUGCAAAAAGUGAUCUAUUUAAUGGUUUUGCAUCUCCAGAUUUUCCUGGAACUGUGUAUAUUAAACUUCCCAGGAGUCUGCAAGUAUCAAAACCAUCAAUUUUUGAUGGUUCCAGUACUAUGUGUGAAUCUCGUGAAGCAGAAAUUCGUGUAGGUUCUCCUUCUAUGUAUAACAUCGCCAGAAAAACAGUGAGAUGGGGGUAUAUAUACUCAUUUUGCUUGGCCCUUGGAGUAAUUGAACUCCUAUUUGUUGUAUUAGGCUGGUGGCUUUUUUUCACAAAACAUGGUGUUCCAACUUCAGUUGAAGCUGGAUAUCGCAUGAUAUCAAAUCAGUUCAGGAGGUUUAACUACUCUGAAUUGAAGAAAGCUACCAAUAACUUCAGGGAAGAGCUAGGCCGAGGAGGCUCCGGCGCCAUUUAUAAGGGUGUUUUGGCAGAUAAUAGGGUGGUGGCCGUGAAGAGACUGGGAGAUGUGUUUCAAGGAGAAGACGAGUUCUGGGCAGAGAUGAGAACCAUAGGAAAGAUCAAUCACAUGAAUCUUGUGAGAAUGUGGGGAUUUUGUUCAGAACGGAGACACCGACUCUUAGUUUAUGAAUACGUCGACAACAUGUCACUUGACAAACAUCUUUUCAACUCAAAUUUUCUCGGAUGGAAACAAAGAUUUGCAGUGGCAUUAGGUACAGCCAAAGGUUUAGCCUACCUCCACCAUGAAUGUCUAGAAUGGGUUAUCCACUGUGACGUGAAGCCAGAAAAUAUUCUUCUAGACAGUGAAUUUCAACCCAAGAUUGCAGAUUUUGGGCUAGCAACCCUGUCUCGGAGAGAUGGCCCUGGUUCAGAAAUUUCAAGAAUUCGAGGGACGAAAGGCUACAUGGCUCCAGAGUGGGCACUGAACCAGCCAAUCACUGCAAAAGUCGACGUCUAUGGAUAUGGUGUUGUAAUUCUCGAGAUGGUAAAGGGAAUUAAGCUCUCAAAUUGGGUGGUAGAUGAUGCUGAAAAUGACAAAAUUCCUCUCAAAAUUCUUGGCAGGACAGUGAAGGAAAAAUCUCAGUGUGGAAACUCCUCUUGGGUAGAGAGCAUAGUGGAUUCAAGAUUGGAAGGGAAUUAUAGCAGAAUACAGGCAGCAACACUCGUUCAAUUAGGCCUUACUUGUGUGGAGGAAGACCAAAGCAAGCGGCCUAAUAUGGCUGCAGUGGUCCAAACUCUCAUGGAAUGUGAAGAUGAAACAGAUACAAAUUCCGAGAAUGUAAUUGCUUAA